AUGGCACUUACAGUUGAAAGAUGCAGCCGAAAAAUCAAAUCAAAAGAUUACUCAUGGAAUUAUGACGACACAGCAGCAAGUGAAAUAAAAACUGGUCCUUGGACAACCGAAGAAGAUUUAAUGGUAAUAAAAUUGGUUAAUAAAUACGGCCCUCAAAAAUGAAGUCACAUUGCAAAAAGUCUACCAGGUAGGAUAGGAAAACAAUGCAGAGAAAGAUGACACAACCAUUUAAACCCAAAUAUCCGAAAGGACCAGUGACUUGAAGACGAAGAAUGGCUCUUAUUUCUCUAUCAUAAGAUGAUGGGAAAUCGAUGGGCUGAAAUCGCGAAAAUUCUUAAAGGGAGGACAGACAACUCAAUUAAAAACCAUUGGAAUUCAUCAAUGAAAAAACUAAUCCCAGAGUUCAACACAAGGUAUAAUAAUCUUAUCAGAGACCAUAUUUAUACUGACCCAAAACAUGUGUGCUCUACUCAUCAAGUAGAAGAAAGAGGCAAAAGAAAAAGAGGAAGAAAAUCAAUCAAUGAAAAUUCAGAUCUUCCCAAAGUUCCUUGUAUUCAAGCACACAAUCAAAUUUUGACAAACGCGAUCCAAGGGUACCAGAACUCAGUAGAUAGCUGUAGAUUAGAAGCAGAUAAAGAAAAUUUAUCAGUAACACCUUUGCCGAAAAAAAGAAGAAAAAUUAUAGAAGUUACGACGAUGAAUUCAAGCUAUAGCGAAUUAUCAGUAAUUGAAGACACAGCACUUAUGUUUACACCUGCUGAAUCGCCUCCGAGAAAUAGGAUUUUGUCUCCUUGUUUUUUGAAUGAUAAAUAUGAAAGUGCCGCAAAGUUUAAUCAAACUCAAAGCCCAGGCGAAGGAUUAAGCAAGUCAGUUUCUUACAUACUUUUUGAAAGUCCGAGCUAUAUGCUUAGUUUAAGUCCAAGGACAUUUAACAUUUAA